CUGGCACCCGAUCUUCUUCUUCUUGCUCCCUCUAAUUUCUCUCCAGUCGAUCCUCGCCAUCUCCAUCCUCAGUCUGCCCAAUCCGAGGCCAGAAAAGCAACAGAUUGAUCCCAGUUUUGCGUCUGUUCCUGAUCUCGGUAAAAUAUACUGACGAUCGUCGGGCGUGUCGAACCGAUCUUGAAGGCAUGGCAUCCUCUGAUGACCCAAGAGUUGUCGAAAGAGAAGCCAAGGAGAAAAAGCACGAGAAAGAUGAGGGGCAUGAAGAAAAAGGGGGUUUUUUCGACAAAGUGAAGGACUUCAUUGAGGAUGUUGGUGAGAAAAUUGAGGAGGCGAUAGGCUUCGGGAAGCCAACUGCCGAUGUUGCUGCCGUCCAUCUACCAUGCAUCAAUCUGGAGAAGGCAGAGAUUGUCGUUGAUGUGCUGAUCACGAACCCUAAUCCCAUCCCGAUUCCCCUCAUUGAUAUCAAUUACUUGAUCGAAAGUGAUGGGAGGAAGCUGGUGUCUGGACUGAUCCCUGAUGCUGGUACGAUACAUGCGCAUGGCUCUGAGACUGUCAAGAUUCCGGUGACGUUAAUAUACGAUGACAUCAAGAGCACUUACCAUGAUAUCAAGCCUGGAAGCAUCAUCCCUUACAGAGUCAAGGUUGAUCUCAUCGUGGAUGUGCCGAUUUUUGGGAGGAUCACCCUGCCUCUGGAGAAGACUGGUGAGAUUCCAGUACCAUACAAGCCGGACAUUGAUGUUGAAAAGGUACACUUCGAUAAGUUCUCCUUUGAGGAGACAAUGGCAUCCCUGCACCUGAAGUUAGACAACAAGAACGACUUCGACCUGGGGCUCAAUUCACUGGAUUAUGAAUUUUGGCUCGCUGAUAUCAGCAUUGCAAGUGCAGAGCUAAACAAAUCGACAACGAUUGAAAAGAAUGGAACUACAACAAUGGAGAUUCCUUUCUCUUUUAGGCCAAAAGACUUCGGCUCUGCUCUUUGGGAUAUGAUUAGAGGAAGGGGUACUGGUUAUUCUAUGAAAGGAAACAUCGAUGUAAACACUCCAUUUGGACACAUGAAGUUGCCAAUCAGCAAAGAGGGUGGAAGCACUCGCCUUAAGAAGGGAGAUGAUGAUGAUGGCGAGGAUUAGAGCAGAGGUGUGGAAGAUUUGCAGUUCAGAUGAAUUGAGAUGUGAAAGUAGAUCAAUAUAUAGCUGUAUUUCCGGCGAUAUAUGAGUUCUGUAAAAAUCAUGUCCCUUGUCUUGUCCUGUUCUGGUAUUUCAACCCACUUCAGGGAUGGUAUUUUGGCCCUUAUCCCUGUCAAGAACUGCUGUUUAUUAGCUAAUAAGCUGCUCAUAUAUAGUCUGCUCCUACUUUUUGCUCAGACUGGGCUUUA